AGAGAGAGAGAAAACUGAGCGAGAGAGAGACAUACACACUGGGACGGACUGAGUUCAGAGAGAGAGAGAGAGAGAGAGAGAGAGAGAGAGAGAGAGAGAGAGAGAGAGAGAGAGAGAGUCAGAGAGAGAGAGAGAGAGAGAGAGAGUCAGAGAGAGAAAGAGAGAGAGGGAGUAAAUGGAGAGGGUUGCCACUGCGCACAAACAGAGAUUUGAUCUGUGAGUUUAACUUCGGUGCUAGUCAGUGUGCAGUAAGCCAUCUACUGCAAACAAGCUUGCUUCUAAACAUACCUCAACAACUUGUUGAGUCGGCUUAAAAUUUUAACUUUCCGUGGAGAAGUUGACGACUUUAAGUAGGACUGGAUACAACUUUGGACCUAUUUAUGACAACGAAUCUGCAACAUUUUAAUGUGAACGAAGGUGACGACGGAACCUGUGGAUAUAACAAAGCAGGAUUUUGGACAGAUAUUUUUUCGUAUUUCUUGACCUGUAUCGUUUCCCUCCGGUGUGCAUGAACGUUUGCUAAAAGCAAUGGAGGUAACCGCGGAUCAACCACGAUGGAUGAGCCAUCAUCACCCCGCGGUGCUAAACGAACAGCAUCCCGGUUCGCACCACCCGGGCCUCGGCCAUUCAUACAUGGACCCUUCGCAGUAUCCCCUUGCUGACGAUGUGGAUGUACUGUUUAAUAUCGAUGGACAGGGGAACCACGUCUCUCCAUACUAUGGAAACUCAGUCAGAGCCGUCCAGAGGUACCCACCUCCUCCACACAGUAGCCAGGUGUGUCGGCCCUCUUUAUUGCACGGUUCCCUGCCGUGGCUUGAAGGAAGCAAAGGCAUCGCCCCGCACCACAGCACUUCCCCUUGGAACCUGAGUCCUUUCCCCAAGACUUCGCUGCACCACAGCUCCCCCGCUGGGCUCUCCGUCUACCCGCCGACAUCCUCCUCCUCACUGUCCGGUGGCCACUCUAGCCCACACCUCUUCACGUUUCCCCCAACCCCACCGAAAGAUGUGUCUCCAGACCCGGGGAUCUCCACCCCCGGGUCCAGCUCCGGCCGCCAAGAGGAUAAAGAGUGCAUAAAGUACCAGGUGUCCCUGGCCGAGAGCAUGAAACUGGAGUCAGCUCACAGCCGAGGCAUGGCACCAUCCGCCCACCAUCCCAUCGCUACAUACCCAUCCUAUGUCCCUGAAUACGGCCCCGGCCUCUUCCCACCAAGUAGCCUGAUAGGUGGGUCAUCUUCUAGUUAUGGUUCCAAAACAAGACCAAAAACAAGGUCCUGUUCAGAAGGUAGAGAGUGCGUUAACUGUGGAGCCACGUCGACCCCGCUGUGGAGGCGGGAUGGCACGGGUCACUAUUUGUGUAACGCCUGCGGACUCUAUCACAAGAUGAACGGGCAGAAUCGCCCACUCAUCAAGCCCAAGCGACGACUGUCCGCAGCAAGACGGGCAGGGACAUCGUGUGCAAACUGUCAAACGACCACGACUACACUUUGGCGGAGAAACGCCAACGGGGACCCCGUGUGUAACGCUUGCGGUCUAUACUACAAACUGCAUAAUAUUAACCGACCUCUCACCAUGAAGAAGGAGGGCAUACAGACCAGGAACAGGAAGAUGUCCAGCAAGUCAAAGAAGAGCAAAAAGUCCCACGACAGCAUGGACGACUUCUCCAAGAGCCUGAUGGACAAGAGCAGCUCAUUCAGCCCGGCCGCCCUGUCCCGCCACAUGUCCUCCUUCCCCCCCUUCUCACACUCCGGCCACAUGCUGACCACCCCCACGCCCAUGCACCCAUCUUCCAGCCUGCAGUUCGCCCCCCACCACGGCAGCAUGGUCACAGCCAUGGGCUAGACUCACUCCCCCCCCCCCCCCCCCCCCCCACUACCACUCCCUCCUCUCUCCACCUACCUGGGGCCACAUUCCUGACACCGAUCCUCCAAUCUCCUCUCCCAUUCCCUGAUACCUCUGCUACUCUGCCUCCCUAGCUGAAUGACAGCCUAACUGCUCUCCUCUCCGCCCCUCACCUACCGCUGCUUGGCCAGCGAGCCUAUCAUGAUCUGACCUCAACGUGGGAGUGAGACAGGCUUUAGGUUCCUUUCGCUUCAGUUUUACUGUAUUUUUUUAAUAAAUCAAAUCCAAAACCACCUGUCUGCUGUAUGAAAGCUCCAGCAGACUGACUCACUGACUGCUGUUUUCCAACGCUUGGGAAGAUUUGUCUCCUAUUGAGGAGAAAGGAGAGAGCCUGUUCUCUAACCUUCACACCCUCUAGUAGACUGUUCCAAUACAGCUGAGAUCUCAAGAAUCCGGAAUUUUAUUUGUGUACAGAAAAGCCAUUUAUGCCGUCUCCCUCCCCAGCUCUCUACUUCUCACCACACCCUGUAUGACAGGACCCUGCCCCCCCUGCCCCCCAUCCCCCACAACCCCCCACUUCCCCUGUCCCCCAUUCCCCAACCCCCUUCCACACAACCUCCCUACAACCAAACCUGCGCUGUGAGAGGAGGAGACAAACAUUGAAUAUAUUUGUACAAAUUGUAUGAAAUACAAUACAUUUAAUGAAGACUUUUUGAUUCAGUAAGAAAAAAAAGCUAGAAAUGCCCCCUCGGGCAGCUAAAGACCAGAAGGGUACGAGUCACAGAUGGAGAGGCUAUUGCUAGAGUGGAGAAGACCUCUGCUCCCUUCAUCUCCCUAACAGAUGAAGAGAGAGAGAGAGAGAGAGAGAAAGAAAUGGCGUGGAGAAAGAGUAAAGAGAAAGAAAAGAGCGAACAUGGACUGAUAAAGGAAAGGCCUCUACUUUUGUCUGCUGGAAUCGUGUUUGAUGCAUUAAGCUUGUAAAGAGUAUCUAUUGCUCAGACUGCAAGCGUCUCAUUUUUGGAUGUGCUAUAGGUCUCGGGCAAUUGGUUUGUGUUCACAUGCUAACGCACAAACACAUAUACUCUCACAAACACAAACAUUACAUACACACACACUUGCACUCACACACACACUGCCACAUUGGAUCACCUGAAAGACUUUUUUCCUGCCCACAGAUUAUAUGCAUUGUGAAAAAGUUCCCGUAUUUGUUAUUUGUAUGUAUAAUUCAGAGUACCAAAAAUACGAAAGAAACAAAGAUGUAGAAUUAUUUCUUUAUGUUAUGCAGACUGAAUGGUUGUAAAAAUUUAAUAAUAAUCACUAGUGUAAAAAAUGACUGCUUUUUGUUUCGUAAUUUUUUUUCCUCUUUGAAAAUAAUAAACUAGUUUAAUCUCUGUUGACAUGUUAAA